CGGGGAGAGCGGAUAUAGUAAAUGCGGGGUCCGGGGAGAGCGGAUAUAGUGAAUGUGGGGUCUGGGAGAGCGGAUAUAGUGAAUGUGGGGUCUGGGGAGAGCGGAUAUAGUGAAUGUGGGGUCUGGGGAGAGCAGAUAUAGUGAAUGCAGGGUCCGGGGAGAGCGGACAUUGUGAACGCGGGGUCCGGGGAGAGUGGAUAUAGUGAAUGCGGGGUUCCGGGGAGAGAGGAUAUAGUGAACGCGGGGUCCGGGGAGAACGGAUAUAGUGAAUGCAGGGUCCGGGGAGACCAGAUAUAGUGAAUGCGGGGUCCGGGGAGAACGGAUA